AUGUCGAGUCUCUGGAGCACAGCAAAGAAAAAGGUUUUUGGUAUACACGAGCUUCAAACUCAGAAGCGACUACCGGACGACUCCCUGCUCGCCACGCCAAGGGCACGCUGCGUCCUCGAGGCCCCCAAACGCUGGGUCGGCAUGGCUGAGCUUAUCCGGCGAUGGCUGCGGCUGGCGCUGGGAAGCAAGCCCGGGUUGCCACGGGGCCAUGAGCCGGGGGAGUGGAGCUUUGGGAGGGGUGGAUGGAUUGUCAGCCCGUGCGCGCGCGCUCUCGCCAGCGUUGCAGACCCGGCGCGGGCACCAGAAAUAUCUGUCAAGAUCUUACUCUUCGCUUAUCCCUCGACUUCCUUUCAUACGUCCAUGUAA